CCGUCAGACAGCGUUACAGCACGCACGGAGAUGAGAAGGGAGCUCAGCUGGACCGUGAUCUCACCAUGUCUAUCCACUGUCAACUGCUAAUACUGAUACUUGCUCUGACUCUUGAUGUUCAAGUUCAUACAGGGGAAGUCAUUGGAGGUCGGGAGGCUGUGGCACAUAGCAGACCCUACAUGGUGCUUUUGGAGCGGCGCAUGCCGAGUGGUAAAAUAAAACGCUGCGGUGGCUUCCUUCUGAAUGAGGAUUUUGUGAUGACUGCAGCCCACUGCCUGGCCUGUUCCUACACAGUCCUACUAGGAGUUCACAAUGUCCAUAGCAGUAAUGGAAUCCAGCGUAUAUCUGUGGUACAAACAUUUCCAAACAAAGACUAUAAUAAAACUGAUUUGAGCAAUGACAUAAUGCUUCUUAAGUUGAGCUCCAAGGCAAAAUUCAGCACAAAUGUGCAACCCAUUGCUCUCGCAGGCCAAGGUGAUGGCUCUCUGCCAAAAUCAUGUAUAGUCUCCGGCUGGGGAAGAACAGACAAGGACAUAAAACACAUGUCUGUCGUACUCAUGGAAGCCAAUGUAACAAUAAUUGACAGUAAGGAGUGUAAAAAGGAAAAAUCAUACUGCAGUAAGGGAGAGACUGGACCUGAUAAGGGAGACUCCGGAGGUCCACUGGUCUGUGAAGAUGGAAAGGCGUACGGUGUGGUGUCCUCAGGUUACCUAAGCAAAUAUUUUUAUGCUAAGAUUCCUGACUACAGAAGCUGGAUCGAUUUGAUUGUGAACUAACAAUGAAAGAACGAUUGACCAAAUCACAACGUUUGAAUUGAAUAUAUGAAUGUGAUUCGGUUCAUUUAGGUGACAUGUUUUUUUUUUUUUUCAUGAUACAGCUGUUUUUUUCUGCUGCAGGGGGCUUUGAACUUUAUUAUUAUUAACUUUAUUUGAAUAAACCUUACAUUAAUCCAAGAAAAUUUGAUGCAAGCAUAGGUUAUUUUAGCAAUCAUGACACACAUUAAUUAGGCUUAUAAUCGACUCAAUACUAUUUAAUAAAUGUUCUUUAGACACUCUAUGUCAUCCUGCUCAUAAAUACAACAGUAUCUGCAUUAUCUACAUUACUGCUUUGUGUAUCUUCUUUUUGACUUGAUUAAAUGAGAACACAGGAUCCUUUAAGUUUGUUUUGUACCAUCUUUUUGAACAAUAAACUGUUGUUCUCUCA